AUGGCCAAGAAGGCUUCUGCAGGACAGUUGAGGCGUGGAGCUAUUUCCUAUGACAGUUCUGAUCAGACUGCACUGUACAUUCGUAUGCUGGGAGAUGUACGUGUAAGGAGUAGAGCAGGAUUUGAAACCGAAAGAAGAGGUUCUCAUCCAUAUAUUGAUUUCCGUAUUUUUCACUCCCCAUCUGAAGUUGAAGUUUCUGUCUCUGCCAGAAAUAUCAGGAGAUUACUAAGUUUCCAGCGCUAUCUUAGGUCUUCGCGCUUUUUUCGUGGUACGACAACCUCAAGCUCUCUAAACAUUUUAGAUGAUGAUUACAGUGGACAAGCCAAGUGUAUGCUGGAAAAAGUUGGAAAUUGGAAUUUUGAUAUCUUUCUAUUUGAUAGACUAACAAAUGGAAAUAGUCUAGUAACUUUAGCUUUUCAUUUGUUUAAUCUUCAUGGAUUAAUUGACUACUUUAACUUAGAUACAAUGAAACUUCGUCGAUUUUUAGUCCUGGUUCAGGAAGAUUACCACAGUCAGAACCCUUACCACAACGCGGUCCAUGCUGCGGACGUCACUCAGGCCAUGCACUGUUACCUAAGAGAGCCCAAGCUUGCCAAAUUUGUAACUCCUUGGGAUAUCAUGCUGAGCUUAAUUGCAGCUGCCACUCACGACCUGGAUCACCCAGGUGUCAAUCAACCUUUCCUUAUUAAAACUAACCAUUACUUGGCAACUUUAUACAAGAAUACCUCAGUCCUGGAGAAUCACCACUGGAGGUCUGCAGUGGGGCUCCUCCGAGAAUCCGGCCUGUUCUCACACAUGCCACUGGAAAGCAGGCAACAAAUGGAGGCUCAGUUAGGUGCUUUGAUUCUUGCCACAGAUAUCAGUCGCCAAAAUGAUUACCUCGCACUGUUUAGAGCUCACUUGGAUAGAGGGGACUUAUGCCUUGAAAAUGCCGGUCAUCGCCACCUCGUUUUACAGAUGGCUCUGAAAUGCGCUGACAUCUGUAACCCGUGUCGAACCUGGGAACUAAGCAAGCAGUGGAGUGAAAAAGUGACGGAAGAAUUCUUCCAUCAAGGAGACACGGAGAAAAAGUAUUGUUUGACUGUGAGUCCAUUUUGUGACCGUCAAUCGGAAUCAAUUGCCAACAUCCAGAUAGGUUUUAUGACCUACCUGGUGGAGCCGUUGUUCACCGAGUGGGCCCGGUUUUCAGACAGCAAACUCUCGCAGACCAUGCUCGGCCACCUGGGGCGCAACAAGGCCGGCUGGAAGGGGCUGCAGAGGGGGCCGGCCGGCCGCGAGGACGCCCGUGCUGCCCGUGCGGAGGCAGGCCCCUAGUUAGUACCUCAGGAAAACCAGUUCUCUUGACUCCCCCAGAAUCAGGGGGAGGCAAAGGGACUCUUGGAGGGUUUUAGCAAUGUGAAAUGGGUCUUGAGAGGUGAGAGAACGUAGUGUUGACUGUCAAGGUUUCCCAGCGAACGAUGCCGGCAUGAUUAAUUCCCAAGGAUCACAUAAGCCCACUGACCAAUGGUUAGACCUGAACACAUAGCAAUAUGCUCUUGGCUUUGGCGUGGAACCUUGACUCCGCAAAGUUCCCGAGGAAAAGGGUAGGAACGAGGUAAGGGAAGUUUCACGGUGUGCCACGUUGUUUUCUUUCAAACCGUGAGACUUGAGCUAAAUCUUUUGAGCAGAAAUCUCUUGGAAUUUAACCUGCCUGAUGCAACGGCGUGUCUGUCUCUGUACCUUCCACUAAUUUCUCACUGAGAAAACAGAAAUGUGAAGUGCCCAGCCUUUGCUGCCUCUGGCUAGACUCGAUGUUUACAAACCACUCUGAAAAUCCCGGUUCUCACUCUGCUGUCCAGCAUGAGGGUGAAGGAACCACUGACCUUUCUUUGUAAAGACCCAGCCGUCAACUGCAGUCUUUGUUUGCCUUCUCUUCUUUGGAUGCUGCCAAAGCCGCUCUCUGCUCUGGUUGAGUGCGUGCCCCGGAAAAGCAGCCUUUCUCCUCGAGCGCCGCCAGGCUCCCACUCCAGCGCUGUGUGGCAGUGCCAGUCUUUGGGUUUGUGUGUUUGUGUGUGUGUGGUUUGUUUUUUUUAACUCUUAGAUUUUUGUUUGGGGUUUGGGGGUGGGGAAGGACAUGAUGUCCUUAGCUGUGUUCUUAUUCCACAGUGGAGACAUUGCAUGCUGUCUUCACGGCUGUCUACUUGAUCUGCACCUGCAAGGAAAAAAAGGGUGGAAUGUUUUAAACACCAUCAUCAGCUCAGGGUACUUGCCAAUCUGAAAUCCAGUGGGAUGGGGAAGCGUGUCCGUGUCCUCCGAUCAAGGGUACUGAAGCCCCUUUCGCUGCAGUGGUUGAAAGGUAUGUUGCGUAUGACCGUCUCGCUGCGUGUUUAUGCAUGUAUGACUGUGCCUGUGUUUAUUUAUCCACGUGGGGCAGGAUCUGAAGCGCGGGCUCUUAUUUAUUGUUCAGAAUGUGACUUAGUGAGCAGCCACACCUGGGGGGGAGGGGACGGGAGGUAAGCUGAAACAGAUUGCUCCAGUUGCCUUAAACUAUGCACAAAGCUAAGUGACCAAACUUCUUUGUUUUGAUUUGAAAAAAAAAAAAAGUGCAUUGUUUUCUUGUCCCUCCCUUUGAGGAAACGUUUGACCCCUCGAUGGGCCUUUUGAUGUGAACAGAUGUUUUUUAGGACACAACUUACGGACUAAUUUUAAACUCAGAAACAUUCCACUUUUGUCAUUUGUUUUAAAUGGUUUUAUGUGUAGUAAGCACAACUGUACUCUCGUGUUCGGAGAAAUUGGUGCUUUCCUUUAGUUCCUCUGUAUCCCCUUGUUAUCGUAUAAGACUGUUUCUCAAUUCUGUUUACAGUUUGUCGCAACAGCCAUGUUCUUGGGAGAAAGCUUGAGUGUAAAGCCAUUUGUACGAGGCUUUGCCCUACUCAUUUUAAUACGUGCCUGUUGCUGUUAACUUUUGAUUAAUAAAAACCUAUCUUUUCACAUUUUA